AUGGAAAAAGAACUGAAAACAUCCGGACUCACAGAAAACAUUGGACUCCCUCAGCAAUUGCUCGAGAAACACGACCCUUGGCCAGCUUAUGUCACAUAUACUUCCCCGAUUGUGAAAAAACUCAUCGAGAAGAGCAAAAUCAGAGAAGUGGAAUAUGCACGGAUUUUAGAGGAGAACCGGCAAUUAGCAAAGUCAAGCAAGUCUUCUAGCAGCACUCAGCUGAAGAGGAAAAAGUCGUCCAAGCCAUCUGUGGAGCUGACGCUGCAGGACGCUCUGUCAGAGACCAUGCUGUCCAUAUGGGGCGCUUUCCCUCUGUCAGUCAUCGGGUCCACCAUUACCCCAGAACCCAUGAACUUACAAAUGGAGUCCAGAGAAAAUCCCACCAUAAAGUACAACAAGAUUAUUUUCGCCCGGAAACCUAUGACAAGGAAGCUUCCAUACAGCUCACUCCAGGCCAGCAAGGAAAAACAUGACAAGAAUUAGCCAGAAGUCUGUCUACAGCCAGCCAGCACCAGAGAACGUACAAGAAUUCAGUGCCACUAGCCACAAAUGGAACUGUGGUCUUUAAACUUGAACUUGCUCCUGGUCUCAUAGAGAGAAAUCCCAUCUUAAUUUGGGUUGCAGAUUGUUGGGGUUCUGGCUGUGUUAAAUGUUCAUUUCUACAUAGGUGUUUGAGAA